GGCCUCAUGGUCGCAUGCUACCGCGGCUUCGGGAGCAUCGUGGCCCUACUCAGCCGCUGUCCGUUCCUGGAUGUGAACCAACAGGACAAAGAAGGCGACACAGCCCUCAUGCUGGCUGCCCAAGCAGGCCACGUGCCUCUGGUGAGUCUCCUGCUCAACUACUACUCGGGCCUGGACUUGGAGCGCCGAGACCAGCGGGGGCUGACAGCGCUGAUGAAGGCCGCAGUCCGGGACCGCUCUGAAUGCGUGGCGGCCCUCCUCAUGGCAGGUGCUGACCUGACAGCAGUGGAUCCUGUUCGGGGCAAGACGGCCCUGGAGUGGGCGGUGCUGACCGACAGCUUCGACACCGUGCGAAGGAUCCGGCAGCUGCGGCGGCGGCCCCAGGCGGAGCAGCUCAGCCAGCACUACCAACCGGAGUGGCCAGCCCUGCCCGGGCUCGUGGCCCAGGCCCAGGCUCAGGUUGCCCCCUCUCUCCUGGAGAGAUUACAGGCCACCUUGAGCCUCCCCUUUGCCCAGUCUCCUCAGGAGGGGGGUGUCCUGGACCACCUUGUGACCAUCACGACCAGCCUAGCCAGUCCCUUCCUCACCACUGCCUGCCACACUCUGUGCCCUGACCGCCCACCUGCACUUGGGACCCGAAGCAAGUCUGUGCCAGAGCUGCUAGGCACCGCUCCCCGCCCUCCCCCAGCCCCCCAGCCUCCACAGGUGGUCCCUGGCCCCCGGGGCCUCGUCCCGUACCAGAGCCCUCAAGGUGUGCUGAGCAUGUGCCCUCAGUGGCUACAGCCCAGGGACAGUGCCAGCCCCAAGCCCCCAGUCCCCCAGAUCCUCCUCUCCAAGGCACCCUCAUCUCCCAGCCGGCGGGAGCCAGAGCCCAGGCCUGCAGGGCAUCGCAGGCUGGCCCCUCCUGUCUGGCGAUACCAGGAGCUCCGGAUGCAGAGGAGGAGUCAGGAGAAGGAGGCUGGGUGUGCACAGAGCCAGGGGAAGACGGGCUAG